UAUUCACUGAAAUCAGCUAUUGUUCUUAAUUACUCUGACAUAUCUUUUAACGUUAUCGUCUUUCUUAGUUUCUUUACAGCACUGCUGUGUACCAUAUGGCUCUUUGUCCUUCAAAGUAAGGGCUCAAACACGGCUUAUUUUCACUACAUACUGCAUAAUAUAAUUGUGAUUCUCAUUUUUUUUCUCUCAUGACAAGCAGUUCUGGGAAGUUCCACGUCAGGCGAGGCUACUUCAGUCAGACUAGUUGGUGGCAGCAGCACUUGUUCAGGAAGAGUGCAGGUUCUCCAUGAUGAAAUAUGGGGAACAGUGUGUUACGAAGGCUGGGAUUUGUUAGACGCAAAUGUGUGUAGUGAAUUGGGCUGUGGGGAAGCGAAAGAGGUAAAGUCAGCUGACUAUUUUGGGAUAAGCUCAGGACAAAUAUGGUUGACUAAGGUUAACUGUCUUGGGAAUGAGUCCUCACUGACACAAUGUCCAGUGGGUGGAGUGGGGCCAAAAUGGGGACAAAAUAUGUGCCUACAUGACAUGUAUGCUGGAGUCAUCUGUCAGUGUGAGUACAAAACCUUAUGUCUAACUACACAUCAAAGUUGUCAUGCACUUGUUUCUUAUUCAUGUGUCUUAUCAGCCAGAAUCAGGCUGGUGAGUGGCAUCAACUCUUGUUCUGGACGAGUGGAGGUUCUUUAUAAUGGAACGUGGGGAACGGUGUGUGAUGAUGACUGGGGUCUAUCAGAGGCUGCAGUGGUGUGUAGAGAGAUUGGCUGUGGGGAUGUUAUUGAGGCAAAGGAUGUUGGUUAUUUUGGAGAAGGUUCGGGACAAAUAUGGAUGGAUGAUGUAAACUGCACUGGAAAUGAGUCUGCAUUGAGCAAAUGUAAAUAUCUUGAAUGGGGAGAGAAUGACUGCGAUCAUUCAGAGGAUGCUGGAGUAAUCUGUCAGUCUGUCAUAAGGCUGGUAGAAGGCUUUGACACUUGUUCUGGAAGAGUGGAGGUUCUCCAUAAUAAAAUAUGGGGAACCGUGUGUGAUUAUAACUGGAGUGGAUCAGAUGCCGCAGUGGUAUGUAAAGAGGUGGGCUGUGGGAACUUUAAAGCAUUUACAUAUGGUGCUUAUUUUGGAGCCACAUCAGGACAAAUAUGGAUGGACAAUGUAAACUGCAAUGGAGAAGAGGCAGCUCUGAGUACCUGUGAAUUUCAGGGAUGGGGAACAUAUUACUGUCUUUUUGCGGAGCACGCUGGAGUCAUUUGUGGACUCCCCGUCAGGCUGAAGCAUGGUAAUAGCAUUUGUUCUGGACGAGUUGAGGUACUUCAUGACGGUCUAUGGGGAACUGUGUCUGAUGAUGGUUGGAAUCUAACAGACGCUGCAGUGGUUUGCAGAGAACUGGGCUGUGGAGAUGCUAUACAGGCAAAAAGUGGUUCCUAUUUUGGACAGGGAUCUGGCCCAGUAUGGAUGGAUUCUGUUGACUGUACAGGAAAUGAGUCUUCACUGAUACAAUGUAAAACAGCCCACUGGCAGCACAAUGACCUCGAUCACCUGCACGAUGCUGGUGUCAUCUGCAGUGAGUUCUAUUCCACAUCCGGAGGGGCAGUCCAGGGCGCAGGCACAAGUGUUAAAGUCCUGUUGCGGAUUGAGGUGAAGACCGACCCUAUGUUUGACCCAAAUGAUGCCAGAACCAUGAGUAAACUCUCAGAGGAGAUGGAGAAGAAGCUGCAGAUACGCAGACCUUUCUCACUGACUUGGAAAACUCAGAAAGAUGGAAAAGUCUUCCAGGAAGUCUCCCAGAAAAAGAAGUCUGCAGGAAAAUGUAACUGAUGUGCUGGAUAAUGAAAUAGUAAUUGUAAUUGUAAUGUUUCAUUUUAAAUGUACAAUAUUUUAACUCUUCCACAGUAACAUUUUGACAGUGGUGAUAUUUCCAUGGGUUACUGGUAGAAAAAAUAAUAAUAUUUAAAUCCCAUAUUAAGUCAUUAUACUUAAUUAUUAAAUUACAUUUAAUUACUUUUUAACAUUAAUUUUGACAGUGUCGUUUAAUGUGCCACAAUAACAAAUUCACCAAAGGUAAAUGGCCAUACUGAAUGUGAUUGAAAAACAACUU